AUGUGCAAGACGAUCAAGCGCAGCGUCAAGGUCGCUGCGGCUGCGACUGCCGCAACGCGCCGAUCUCCGCGUCUACACGCGAAAGAGUUGACUCCAGUGGCGUCCAAGAGCAUUGAUAUCGUAUCCUCCAUCUCAUCACGAGUUUUUCGAGUGCCAAGUGUCAAGAAAACGUCCACAAACGCGAAAAAACUGUCGUUAUCGCGUGCCUUUGAGACUCGCUACGAAGCCAAGGGUUAUACAACUGUCAUUGGUGUAGACGAAGCUGGUCGAGGGCCUCUUGCUGGUCCUGUGGUUGCGGUAGCGUGUCAUGUGCCGACUAAUGUGACGAUCGAAGGUAUCGACGAUAGUAAAAAGAUCUUGGAGCCUCAACGAGAAAAGCUGUUUGACUUGCUGACAAAUCAUCCGAGUGUCACCUACGCGGUUCAUGUGAAUAGCGCACAGCGCAUUGAUGAGAUUAAUAUUCUACAGGCGACACUGGAGUCAAUGACCAAGUCAGUGAACGAGGUGGCGGAGCGGCUGCAGCAGAUGGACAAGACAUUUGUGUUGGUGGACGGCAACAAACUGCCGACGACGCUGGAGUUGCCGGCGGAAGCCGUGGUCAAGGGAGACUCCAAAGUUUUUAGCAUCGCGGCAGCUUCCAUCAUCGCCAAGGUCACACGAGAUCGCCUCAUGCGUGAGUACGAUAAGCAGUACCCGCAGUACGGACUAGCACAGCACAAGGGGUACCCGACGAAAGCUCACGUAGCUUCCAUCGCCAAGCACGGAGCAUGUGCCAUUCAUCGCAUGACGUUUGCGCCUUUGAAGCCUAAAGAGGUCCCUAAAGCCAAGAAUUGA